UAACCGCAAACAAAAUUGCACAUUUACGCAAAGCUAACUACUAUAAGUUAUCAAAACCAUUGUCGGAACAUCUUCAUCAGAACAUCAACUUGCAGCAUUAAGGGAAGGUUUGGUUGAAAAAUCCCAGCUUCCAUUUGCCGGUAACAAGAUGUCGGUCGACAUCAAAUCGUUUUUAUUCAUCUGGUGCCAGAAGAAUAGCUGCACCCCAACUUACGAGUCCCGCCCGACCGGUCCGAAGCAUCGUCAGCGCUUUUUGUGCGAGGUACGGGUGCCGGAUAUCCCCUACGUUGGCGUCGGAAAUUCGACCAACAAGAAGGACGCCGAGAAAAAUGCAUCCCGCGACUUCGUCAACUAUUUGGUGCGCAUUGGAAAGAUUCCGGAGAACAGUGUUCCGAAGGAUGCGGGAGCAGCUGCAGAAAGCUCGGCGACGGAGGCAACCCAGAACAAACCCCAACCCACCGGCCCCGAUCACCGGCCGCAGUAUGGUAAGGGAACGAACGUGUUCACGUCGGGCUUUGGUCCGCAGGACCUUGGCCAGGCGUACCGGCCGUACGUGCCAUCGCAGGAAGAUAUUAAGCGCGAACAGGCGAACAUGGAGUCGGCCGAAUCGUUGGAUGUCAAUUCGUCCAUCCAUGGAAACUGGACCAUCGAGAAUGCUCGAUCGAAGUUAAAUCAGUGGAUGCAGCAUGAGAAAGUUAAAGGGGACUUUAAAUAUACAUCCAUAGGACCGGAUCAUGCCAAGAGCUUCAUUGCGGAGUUGACUGUUUUUGUGAAGGCGCUGAACCGAUCAAUAACGGGUCGCGAGUCCGGCUCGAACAAGCAAUCGGCGAGCAAGUCGUGCGCCCUGUCGAUCGUUCGACAGUUGUACCAUUUGGGAGUGAUUGAGGCGUUCAAUGGGUCGAUCAAGAGUGCCAAGACAUCGGAACAGGUGGCACCGUAUGUGGUGCGCAUUUCUCAGGCACUUGCCCAACGCGUCCACGAGUCCCUGAUGGAGCUGAAAAUACAACCGGUGAAGUUGACCGAAAUCGAAAAAGUUCAGAAGGAGCCAAUAAGCUUGUUGCACCCAUCGGACGAUGUGCACUACAAACCGCAAACGAUGAACCUGCAUCAACCGUCGUCCGUUAUUCCUUGGUCGCCCCCGCAACCCAACUGGAACCCGUGGCUGGCGUGCAACAUUGAUGAAGGCUAUCUGGCCACGGCAACGCUCGAUCAGUUGAGUGAAGAUUUGCUGGGCGAAGCGCGCUCACGGUUGCUGGAAGAUACGCAGCUGCAGGCGAGCAUACGUACGCGCGAGAAGCUCCCGAUCGCAUCGAUGCGUAAGCGUAUCAUGGAGCAGAUUAAUGAAUUCCCGGUCGUGCUGAUCCGGGGCAACACGGGUUGCGGUAAGACAACCCAAAUCGCUCAGUUCAUCUUGGAGGAUUACAUCAACUCGGGGCAGGGCGCGUACUGCAAUGUGUGUGUCACGCAGCCUCGCCGUAUCAGUGCCAUCAGCGUGUCGGAGCGUAUCGCGAACGAGCGGUGUGAAAAUCUCGGCGUUUCCGUGGGCUACUCGGUUAGAUUUGAUUCCGUUCUGCCGCGUCCCUUCGGGUCGAUUCUGUUUUGCACGAUCGGUGUGCUGCUGCGGAAGCUCGAAGCCGGCCUGCGUGGAGUUUCACACGUGAUCGUGGAUGAAAUACACGAGCGGGACGUGAAUAGCGACUUCAUUCUGGUGGUACUGCGAGACAUGGUACACACGUACCCGGACCUGCGGGUGAUCCUGAUGUCGGCCACCAUCGAUACGACGCUCUUCUCGAGCUACUUUGGCGAUUGUCCCGUGCUGGAGGUGCAGGGAAGAACAUUCCCGGUGCAACAGUUCUUCCUAGAGGAUUGUAUUGAGAUGCUCAAUUUUAUGCCUCCCGCACUGGACACCACUCCUGGUGGCCGCCGAAAGCGAAGUAAGGACGUCGACGUUGACGAUGAAAUAGCUGGCGCGGACGGUUGUGUAGAUAGCGCUACGGUCCGCUCGAGCGGUGAGGUGGAGCAGGCCAACCUAAACAAGGUGAUCGACGCGACCCGCUACUCGCCCAGCACGGCUCUGGCGAUGGGACAAUUGCAGGAGGCGGAAAUAUCGUUCGAGCUGAUCGAGGCGCUGGUCGAUCACAUUGAACGGCAGGGUGAGCCAGGCGCGGUGCUCGUGUUUCUCGCCGGCUGGAAUAUGAUCUUCGCACUGAUGAAACAUCUGCAGACGCGCCAGUCGUUGGUGGUGCUGCCGCUGCACUCGCAGCUACCACGGGAAGAUCAGCGGAAGGUUUUCGAUCACUACGGCCAGCGCAGGAAAGUGAUCCUGGCGACGAACAUAGCAGAGACAUCGAUCACGAUCGACGAUGUGGUGUAUGUAAUCGAUACGUGCAAAGCGCGUAUGAAGCUGUUCACCUCGCACAACAACAUGACGAACUAUGCGACGGUGUGGGCAGCCAAAACCAACUUGGAACAAAGAAAGGGACGUGCAGGUCGCGUCAGCCCCGGCAAGUGCUACACCCUUUGUUCGCGUGCCCGCUUCGACAAGCUGGAGGACAAUCUAACGCCGGAAAUGUUCCGCACACCGCUCCACGAGCUGGCCCUUAGCAUCAAGUUGCUGCGCUUGGGCGCGAUCGGACAGUUUCUGUCGAAAGCGAUCGAACCACCGCCCCUCGACGCAGUCAUCGAAGCCGAGGUGCUGCUGAAGGAGAUGCGUUGUCUGGACGAGAAGGAACAGCUCACCCCGUUCGGUCGCAUUUUGGCACGGUUGCCGCUUGAGCCGCGGCUCGGCAAGAUGAUGGUGCUGAGCACACUGUUCCAGCUGUGCGAUCCGAUCGCGACGAUGGCCGCCUACUCGGGCACGUUCUCGGAGAUCUUUUUGCUGGACAUUGGGCAGCGUCGGCUAGCACAGCACCAGCGUGCACUAAGCGGAAAGAUGAAUUCGGACUAUGUGGCGAUGUUGUCGGCGUUUGAUCAAUGGAGCCGAAAGCGAGCCCAUAGUGAGGAGGCGGAGGUCCGCUUCUGUGAGUGGAAAGGUCUGCAACUACCGACGAUGCGCACCAUCUCCGAGGCGAAGAAGCAACUAAUGGAGAACCUCACCCAGACGGGAUUUCCUGAGGCAACGAUGAUCCCGCACCGGUUCGAUCCGGAAGAUCCGUCGCUCGAUCUGGAGAUGACGAUGGCGCUGCUGUGCGUCGGGCUCUAUCCGAACGUUUGCUUUCACAAAGAAAAACGACGCGUGCUAACGACCGAAUCGAAGGCGGCCCUGAUCCACAAAACUUCGGUCAACUGCAGCCAGCAGAUCAGCUUCCCGUAUCCAUUCUUCGUGUUUGGCGAGAAAAUACGCACCCGGGCCGUGUCCUGCAAGCAGAUGUCGAUGGUGACACCGAUACAUCUGUUGCUGUUCGGUUGUAAAAAAGUCGAGUGGAAUAAUGGCGCCGUGCGGAUCGAUGAUUGGCUCAACCUGGAUAUGGAUCCGUGCGACGCUGCGAUGAUAUUGGCGUUGCGUCCCUGCCUGCAGGAUUUGCUGGUACGCAUCUCGGCCGAUCCGGAGGACGUUCAGUCUUUGGAGGAAAAAUAUUACACCAUGCUGAAGGUGGUGCGUGAUCUGUGUGCUUUCGAGGCAGGUGAUUUCGAAAUCGAUCGACCGCAAGGUUUUGCCUCGCUUGCGUACGGGAGGAAGAUUCCGCGAGUUGACCACGAUUCGGCGGGUGCCGGUAACCGAUAUGGUGGAAGAGGCUAUAGUACCGGUGGGUCCGCGGGUGGCCGUGGAAGAGGUGGCCGCGGAGCUGGUGGAUGGUUUUCGUCCGGUGAAGAUCGGUCCGGUGGUGGCACAGGAGCAGGAAAUAAUGCUUCUUCCUACAACAAUGCAGGAACUAGCGAAGGGUUUGGCGGGAAUAGUGGUUCUACUCAGAAUUACCGGAGCAAUUUCCGUUACUUUCAUACUGGUGGCAACGUAGGGAACAGUUACCAGUCCAACGAUAACAGAGAAUAUGGUAGCGGUGGGGGUGGUGGUGUCGGAGGCGGUUUUGGGGCUGCUGGUCAUAGCGGUAAUAACCGUGGUACGUACCGAGGCGGUUACCGAGGUCGUGGAGGGAAUGGUGGAUACAAUUACAGCGGUGGUGGAUAUUAAAAGCAUUAAUCAAAAUGACCCCGGAUUGAAAUGAUCUUCAGCUAGAUAAUAUUUGCUGGUCUAAUAUUGAUGUCCAAAUCACAAGUAACUUAUCUGCUUCAUAGAAGAUAGUUGUGAAACAUGCAGAAAUUUCCGAAUGAGAGUUACUGAAUUUGGGAUUUGUAAAAAAAAGUUUGAAGAUCGCUUUCUAUCUGGUCCAUUUUAGUUAAAUUUUGAGCUUUAUCUCACUUAACAGAAGAUCCAUUCAUUUAUUCGCACGAGGCGCUAAAUUUACGCCGAAUAUUUAUCACUAUCCCUUCAUACAAUGCUGAAAAAUUGAAAUAAAAAGACAUGAAUUUA